UGAUCCGACCCGAUGAGGACAUCUCAUAUACUGGAUACUGGAUAUCUCUGAAGACGCGACCAUCAUGCAACCGAAUGCCGACAGUCAAUACUCACAACUAUGCCUUAUUUGCUACAUGUUAUUUAAAGCGCGUGAUAAAUCGCUGCGUUGCUCGAUUGGAUGCCGGACACUUAAGGCGAAACUAUUUGACGAUGUAUUCUGUGAGUUCCAGCGUCAGGAGAAGAGUUCGGUCUACCUUUUCGAUGUCAAGCCGCAUCGGUACAAGAACAGCAGAAUAACGUUCAGUGACCUGAAGGGUACAUCGUCGAGAUUGGAUUUCGAUUUGCUGCGAUACUUUCAGGCUUAUUUGCAGGUGAGGAAACUGGUAGAGCGCCCUAUACGGGAGUUGGUGGUUUGGACUCGAACCGAAUUCGAUAGAAAAGAUUUCGCCUCGAGGGAUAUGCUGCUGGACUACACGGCCGUGGAGGAUGCUGUAGAUUUGUUUGAAACGGAUGACUUUGGGAUCCGAAGGUAUCGAUUAAGUCACUUGGCAGCGAUUGAAGAAGCCCUAUUGAGGUCGUGUGAUCCUUUGUUCAAAUUGGCCACGACACUUGCCAGGUUGAUGUUUAACAAGUCGACCAUUAAUACGGAAACCAUACCGAAGAAAUUGUUUUAUGUCCUGCUGAGGGAUGUGUUUGAGGACAGUAGAUUUAGGAAGGAAUUUCUCCGAGCUGGUAAUGCUCUGUGCGGCGAAGCGAAGCAGUUCCAUGAAUUGUUGGUGCUUGUCCUAGGCGAACAGUUUCGACAAAGAAACGUGACAGGAUUCAGUCAGUUGACACAAAUUGAACAGAAGCCCUUUUCCGAGUUUGUUGAGCUGCGGAUCGAGUCUUGCGAGUGGAAUUCUACUAACAGGGAUGCCUGUUGGAAGAUGGAUCAUGCCGUGAAUCGGGCAGAUGUAGAGCAAUUCUUCUCAUUACUGGUGUUCUACACAAAUGUUCCGGUGAAGGAGAAAUUCAGAGCUAUAGUGCAGAAACAAUGCGAUCAAACAACACAGGACGUUCUGGGGAGGAUUUGUCAACGAGGAGUGCUACUGCAAAAUGUACAAGUGGACGCUAUUUUUGAGUUGAUAAGCUUGAAAAAGUCAGAAGAAUUAAGGACAUUGGCAGGUUCAUGGUUUGAAUCCGAAUCGCUGGUGAACUUGAGGAAUGUGUUAGUACAGUUUCGGUUGCAGAGCUCUUGCAAUACGUGGGUGAUUGUGAGUUGUGGAGAAUUGGAUGUCUCGACAAGUAGAAUCAGAAGUGUCUUGAAGGAGUUAUCCUGCAAUUAUCUGUGUAUGUCCGGUAGGGAUUUUUUGGAGAAACGAAUUAAGCUGACACAUAUAAUGCAAGUUUUGAAACCGCCGGAGAGAUGGAUUUUAGUAGUUACCACCGAGGAUAGCUCUUUGAUAGAAACACUAAGUGAAAUUGAAUGUUUAAUCAUUGUCAUAGUUCCGGAAGCUUCGUCGCCUCAGAAGACCAAUGUUCUAAUCCAUAAGGAUCAAUUAUCUUUUAAUGACCUUCCAGAUACCAUUAAGGACAGACUGAAAUCAUCCUCCGUGUUGUUGCAAGGACAUCCAAUCGAUUUGUGUGAUUUAUUGAGUAAAGAUGAUUUGGCUACAAUUCCAGUUUCUGUAUUGUCGGAUUGGUGCCGCAACUGCGAUCAGAUAGUUAUUGGACGCGAAACGGGUGGCUUUUGUGAGGAAAUUUUUAUCCCUAGAAGCCUUCAAUCUGAAAGCAACUCUAUAGAAGAUCCUUUUGAAACGAGCUUUGAAUCCAUUUCAAUUUUGUGUGGAUUGCCUGGAAUUGGGAAAACUUCUUUGCUCUCGAGGAUGGUUGUGAAUUUCCACGAGAAAUAUAACGAUCAUAUUGUAAUUAUGGAGGACUCGAAACGAAUUGUUGAUUGGUUCGGUUCGAAAAUCGACGGAUCCGAAAUUCUUACCAAAUUAAUAAACUUGGAGUCAGCAGAUCGCUUUCAAAAAUGUAUACUGCGGAAAUUAGUAGAAGAUCGACGAGUGAUCCUAUUACUGGAUGGGUUCGAUGAAAUAAGUCUAGCGAAAGAAGGAAACGCACUUGCUAUGCUACAAUGGAUGCAGUCUGCGGGUUUCCAAUCGGUCAUAAUCGCUACUCGACCACAUAGAUUACCAUUCCUGAAAGACAAUUUACAAAAUCCAGCAAUUUAUUUUAUGCUACCUUUCACCGAAGAAGAUCAACUGGAAUUCCUAAAACGGCGCCUUCAAAGUGUUUCGCCAAACGAAUCCUGCAUCCUAGAUUUGAUGCGAUCGUUUCGAACGCUGAUGAACGAUGCUGAUUCUCUUGAGAUUCCGAUGCAGUGCUCAAUCAUAGCGCGCAUCUACGAGGCUCAAAUCGAUGACCACUCUCUAAAGCAGUGGGAUGUGGCAGACGUUUUGCAAAAGUUUAUCGAUAAGAAAUUCGACCUGUACGCUUGCAAGUUCUUUGAUUUGUUCAAUAGAGCACACGAAGGCGCUUUGGAUGCCUUGAGAUCCAGUUUUGCAACUGAUCAUUCAGAACUAGCUUUUACAAUGGAUACACUCCAAGUCAUCGACAACGAAUGCUUUGUGAACCUGGAACAAUACGGUCUGCUGAGAAUCGACGACGGAAAGGUUUCAUUCAUCCAUUCAGCGUUUGCGGAAUUCUUCCUUACCCUGUACCUCGUAAGUCAUUUCGUGGAUCAGGAACACUUCAACCACUACCUAGUGGAACGUUUUUGCAAGCCAACAGCCAACCGUUUCGAUAUGCUCCUUGAACAUCAUAUCCGUAAAGUGACCAGUCGUCGGAAACUCGAAGGUUCUACGCCAUCGAUUCCGAAUUCAGUUCUAAAAGAAUUUCGAACUCAGCAAAUGCACCGGCUACACGUCGACAAAAUCAAACAAUUCCACGUAUUCUUCGUGGAGCGUUGCUCCGUUGAGAAACAGAUCGAGUACGUACGAACAAGCAUUACCAAAGGUCAAUUCGGCAUAUUCGAAACCAUCUACGAAAGUCUACCGAUUAGCUUAGUUCAUGUAGUUCGUUUUACAUUCGCAUCCAACACGAAUGAUCCCUUUGCAGUGGAUCUCUCGACGAUCAGCGAAGAGUACUUGCUAGAACUUUUGACGAUCCUCCACCGACAGCAUCCUUUGGAUAUCGUGGAAAAAAUCAUUGCUAGCUUUAACUCCGAUGAAGACGACUUCAUCACCACGGCCAUCAUACGCCACUACCGGACUAUCAUCCAGCAUAUAUUUACCAUCGAACACGAUCUGAACACCGAGGAUGAGAGCGAUCUUCUGCUGGAGUAUGUUGGUGAAAGAUUUCAACGGUACCUAACUCUGGCAGUUGAGUAUGGAAGAGACGACCUUCUAGCUCAAACGUUCGAUUCCAUCGGGAAACGGUUCCACCCGAGAGUGAUCAAGUAUUUCUUGAUGAACCGGUCAGUGCAACAGGUGUUGAUUGAAUCGUGCAAGGGUGAGGAAGCAUCGGCGGAGGUCGCACAGAGCGUGAUCGGAUUCGUCGAGCAAUAUUUGAGUGAUUGCGAUUUGAGAGUGUUGGUGAACCGGACGAAUGGUGGAGAAGUGAUUGUGUUCGGAGAGGGAUUGAAGAAGUUGAGGAAUCAGAAGGUGCAGAAAGUUUUUGAAGCUUUUUGGGAACGAUAUCGGACUGAGGGAUGAUUGAAAGAUUAGGUG